AGACCACAGCUUGCAGGUAAGUACCAAUGUGGCCCACUUCCUUUCAUCAGGUGCUGGGCCCACAUGUUCUGCCAGAUGUCAAACACUUAAGAUGAGAAGUGAGGCUGUAAAGUGGAAAGACAUCUCAUCAAAGCCAAUAGGCCUGGUUGGAGCCAUGAUUUUAACCACUACUGCAGUUAUUGGCCAUACACCAAGAGCCCCAAGCUCGUGGGGGAGUUUGAGAAAUUGUAAGAGGUAAUGUGUGUAAAAGGGCUUAGCAUAGAUUUGGCUGGAGCAGAGCAUAGUAAACAUUAAUUUACCAAGCGGCCUAAGAGUGGAAUCAGAAUCCACCCACGUGGACUCUCCACUGGGUUUUCAUUUUUCUGAUUUUGAGAUCUCAGGCUGGUCAAACUGCUUUGCCUGUUCUCCAGCAAAGAGAGGAUAAUAACAGACUCCCGGAAGAGCCCCUGGGAGGAUGGAGAUAAAGGAUGUAAAGUGUCUGGCCCAGGGGGCCCUGCCUCACAGCAUCAUGAUGGGAAAACUCCCCCUCGGGGUUGCUUCUCCUUAUGUGAAGAUGAGUUCCGGUGGCUGUUCUGACCCCCUGAAGUUUUAUGCUACCAGCUACUGCACAGCCUAUGGUCGGGAGGAGUUCAAGCCCCGCAUGGGGAGCCAUGUAGGCACAGGCUACAAAUCCAACUAUCGGCCCCUGGUCUCCUACCAACCCCAACUGGACACCGUGGACAAUCCUGCCAUGGGGGAACAAAUCCGUGACACUUCCAAGUCUGUGGCCACUCAGAGCUACCGUCCCCUAGAAGUGCCUGACGGCAAGCAGCCCCUGCCCUGGAACCUGUACCAGACCACCUCUGCCUAUGGGCGAGAGAAGCUCAACACUGGGCCGCUUUCUAAGGAGGUCAGGAAGGUCCACUUCGACACCCAGGAUCAUGGGCCUCAGACCAUCACAGGACUAGAGCCCAAGGAGGUUCCUCUGCUCCACCAGCGUCAGGACAAGGGCUCUAUGGAGUGGGAGAACUCGCACUAUGGCCCACGCUUCAUGACGUCUGAGUACAAUUCCAAGUAUAUCAAGGAGACUCCGAACCAUCCAGAUCUCUUGCACAAGAAGACAAUUGGUUCCAAAGAAGAGUCUGGCUUCACCGAAGAAUCCACCAAGAAUCCCAUUGCCUUCCAGGCACCCUCACAGGCACUUCCCGGGGACCCUGUCCUCCACCCGGGACGGAGUGUCACCAAGUCGGACUACCUCCCUAUAAGUCAUCCUCAGGGAAGCGAAUUCCUCCCUGUGCUGGCCAGAGGCUCUGAUUGGGAGACAGGAUACAGCCGAGUGAAUGAAAGGACCUUGAACCCCAGAAUGCCUACUCCAAACCCACAGCCAGCCAGCAUGAGCCACAGGCCUUACCAGCCACCCCAGCGGAUGCAACAGACAAAUGUUGCCCUGCUUGGCAGGGAGUCUGUGGGGAACAAGGAGCCCACAGGGUUCACUCUUAACAACCCCAGCUAUGUCCGGAGCAACUAUGAUUCUGACAGAGAUCAACGGUACCUGACUACCUACAACCAAGGGUACUACGAGAGCAUCCCCAAGGGGCUGGACCGAGAAGGCUGGACUCGAGGUGGCAUCCAGCCGCAGAAAACAGGAGGCUACGCCCUCAACGAGCCAGUGACCUGCAUGGACACCACCUCUAACCCCACGGAGACGCUGCGGCACCUGCACCCUCACGUGGGAAGAACCUUGACUUCGGUUGACCCCUUCUAUCGAGACACACCUCAUAGCAACCGAUACGGGCCUCCCAGCUGAGUCUGGAGGGUUUGCCAUGAUGGGACAAGCUGCUUUCCCUAUGUUCCACAAGAUUCCCCCAGUUGCUUUACUAAGGAAAUAAAGACCCCUGAACCAGCA